CGGGCUUUAAGUAAGAUAAUUACGCUAUUAAGUUUUAAACAAACCAAACCGAUAAAAUAACAACAAAAUUAGUUAGCUAAUCGUCCGUUAGAGGGUGUAAGUGAAAAAGAAAGAAGAAAGAUGAAAUCAUAACAAACACAGUAGAUGCUAGCCGGAGGGGAUAGAAAUAACACUACCAUGAUUGGGCAGUCGACUUCUGAGCACCAGAUACAGAACCAAACCACUCGAGGUGGACUCAGAAUAUAUAAAAUAGUGGUAUUAGGAGAUGGUGGAGUUGGAAAGAGUGCUCUUACUUUGCAAUUUGUUACUCAUAGUUUCUUGGAAUAUCAUGAUCCAACUAUAGAGGAUGCCUAUCAGCAUCAGGCAGUUAUUGAUGGAGAGGCAGCUCUCUUGGAUAUAUUAGAUACGGCUGGUCAGGUUGAAUUUACUGCUAUGAGAGAUCAAUAUAUGCGUGGAGGAGAAGGUUUCAUUAUCUGCUAUUCGAUCACUGACCGUAGGAGUUUCGAAGAGGCAGCCGAAUAUAAAAAGCAGAUAGAAAGAGUCAGGCAUUCUGACAGUAUACCCAUUGUUUUAGUUGGAAACAAGUAUGAUUUGGAACCAAUGAGAAAAGUUUCAACAGAAGAAGGUCAAGCACUUUCAAGACAGUUGAACUGUCCCUUUUAUGAGACAUCUGCUGCUCUUCGGCAUUUUGUGGAUGAUGUUUUUCAUGCUUUGGUAAGAGAAAUUCGGAAGAAGGAAAAAGAACGAGUUUUGGCUGCAGAAAAACUCAAGCGCAGAGGAAGUAGAUGGAGAUGGCUGCGCUCCAUACUUAGAUUUAUUUUCAGACGUUUGGACAAAUAAUUGAUUUUAUUAUUUAUGUACAGACUUAUCAUCUCCAUCUUCAAUUGAUGUUUAACAUAUUAGCAUUGAUUCAACGUCUCAUUUCCUCAUUUCGAUACUUUAAAAAGUUUGAAAUUAAGGGCCACAUACUGCUAGGUCACAUGGAUCAAAGAUUAUUACAGUGAUUAAAGCCUUUGAUAUCCUAAUGCUUGUAGCAAAGCUGUGUUCAAGCAUUUUGAAAUUUUAUCUUGUGAAGAAUAUUGUACAAAUUAUGAAAUGAUGCAAGAAUAACAAUAGAACUUAUUUAUCAUAAAAAAGCUUCUUGUCUCGAAAAAUUGUUCAAAAUAAUAUCUCAAAUACAAUAACAGAGAUAACAGAGACUUAUCCACCUCUACUGGUAACAUUAAAGUUGCACUUCUACCAUCAGAAUGCAACUUUAUUACUGGUAUGCAUUUUGGUACACAAGACCCUCAUUAGCCAUAGGUAAAAAAAUAUGUAGGUAUCUACAACAAAAUAUAUUAUGUUUACAAUUAAAAUAAUACAAAAAGUGUAAAGAUUUCAUUACAAAAUAAAUUUCUUGAAACAAAUUUGUAGAGAAACUGAUAACAAUUACAAUCUACAAUUUAAAACAUACCUAUUAAAGGUACUACCGUGUUUCCCCGAAAAUAAGACCUAGCAGAGAUUUUGCUGAAUUGCGAAAUAUAAGACCUCCCCCUGAAAGUAAGAC